GCCACCAUACUCCCGCCAAAUAGCAAAACCCUAAACCCUCGCCCCUUUCAUUCCCGCCUUCAAAUUCCGGCGGAGUACAAUGGUAUAGCCGCCGAUUCAACUACAGGAUAUUGAAUGUAAAACCACUGAAAUCUAACGCACGCAAUCGGAGUUUAGAGCAUGUACGGACGACCAUCCAGUUUCGGUGCUCGCGGCUCCGGCCGGCGGCAGCCUCAGCAGCAGCAACCGCCGCCAGAAACGCAGUUUCCAGCAGCGCCAUACCUGAAUCCCGAUGUCGCGGUUCAAAACCUCAAUCAUCUUCUUCAAACUCAAAUCGGGUUCAUGCCUCAUCAGAACGUCAACUUCCCCAUGCAGACCUCGAACUUGCCGAUGCAAAAUAUUGGCUUUCAGUUUUCACAACCUUCCAAUCCUGGUUUACACUUUCCACAAGCUCCAAAUCCCGGUUUCCACUCUUCACAAUCUCCCAAUCCGGGUUUCCGUCCUCCACAACCUUCCAAAGCAGGUUCACAGCCGCAAAGUUCGACUAAGAAGCUGGCAGGAGGCAUCUUGAUGAUCAACCACACUGUAGCCAAGGCACACAGCGAUCUUCUUGCGGCCGGGGAAAGCAUCUCAGCUUGGAAGGUCUCUCAAUCAGCACUUUCAAUUCUCCAGGUUGAUACCUGGGAUUCUUUAGGGUACCGUAUGCAGGAAAUCGAUGCCCUUCACCGCCUCAUGAUGAUGGAAGGGAAGAUCAAUUCAUUUAUUCACUGCUUUGUGGGGGUGAGAAGAAUUACUACGUUAUAUGAAUUGGAGAAGGCUAUAUGCAAGGAUGAGGGAGUUAGGAAAUUUGAAGAGUUGAGACUGGGCCCUUUUCUGCGUCAUCCUCUUGUUUUGCAUUAUUUCUCAGUGAAUUCUGAGGUAACUGAAGUAUGUAAAAUAAAGAGUGAGGAUAUUAUUUCUUUUCUAUCUGAGUUCAUGGAUCAGGAUGUUUGUAGUAAUAAAAAUAUUACGGUCGAAGACUUUUUGGACUUCAUUUCCAGGAAGCGAUCGGUCACAAAGAGGGAAAUGCUGGGCAUACGUGUUCAAAACUUGGGUUGUUGUAGGACCCAUAUUUCUGUUAUCCGAAAAGCUAGGAGAUCAGAAGAUGAUAUUCUCAGUAAGUAUCUGACAAACUCUGAUGAGAAACGCCGGAAGCGGCCUCUUUUCUCAUUGCAGAAGCAAAAGUUAGAUGAGCGUUUUAGUGCAAUAUCUCAGCGAGUUGAAUCAUUUUCCUCUGUUCACAAAGACUUUUGUGGCAAGCAUGUUAGAUUUGAUUCUUCAAGCUCCGAAGACGAAGGCUGUGAUGAUAACGCACAUGAGGAAAAAAAGAAUGGCACUGACUUAAGCUCUGGUCUAAAGCUUUCAUUGCAAAGCAAUAAAAGUUCCGAUCGUUCAAGUAGCUGUCCUUACCCAUCUGCAACUGAAGAGAUGACGCGACUUGGGUUGAAAGGUGAAGUAAGUGGCCAUGCCACUCCUAUUGGCAGCCAAAACCACAGUAUAGGUAAUAGUACAUCCAAAAGGAAAAGGAGAUACAGACAUCAAAGGCACAAUACUUCUGGAUCCCCAACAUUAGGUAAAAAAGUUAAGGUAGAAUCCAGCAUCCUUGACAAAGAUAGUUUUGAUAAUUCAGAUGAAGGUAGUGGCGUUGAAGCUGAAUAUAAAAUUACAAAUAAUUCUUUGAGGAUGUUCAUUGCAACAUGGAAGGAUGGAUGUAGAGAUAUGACUGUGGCUGAGGUAGUCAAACGGAUGCUUGACCAUUACGGCAUAAAAUUUCGAUCGACAAUAAGAGUGAGAUCGAUGCUAUCGUCUUACCCAUUCAUUGGAUUACUCAAUGUUGCUGUUUCAUCUAUUAAGAAUGGGAUGUGGGACAGCAUUUAUGAUUCUCUACAAAUGAUCAAUCUACAUGAAUUGACUAAUACACAUGUCGAGAAACAACCAGUAUAUGAGUGCAUAGAUGUAGGUCCAAGUGCAGAGGGUGCUCUUAUUAAGCAUGUUCCAAAGUCUACAUAUGGCAUCACUGUGGAAGAUGUCCUCAACAAAGUUGGUCAGCAUAUCAAGUUUGAGCAGGAGGUUCACAGCAAUGGUCGAUUUCUCCUGGAAAAUAGAAUUCACAUUUUGAAACAGCUUUGCAGCUGUGAGUCCUGGCUUGUGGAGCAAUUUUCUGCCAAGGAUUUUAAGUGUCUUGGUCAUGAAGACUUUUUCACUUUCUUACAGAAGCAUGCCUCUAUGCUCCCUGAUGAGCUACGCAAGUUUCUUAUGCUUGAGAUUUCUGAAAGUUCCCCUUUGGAGGCUUUCAUGCUACAGCGUCAGUUAGUGACUUUAGUAUCACAAGCUUGUAAUAAUUUAUCCGAGGAUGAAAUAAUAAGUAAGCAGAUGAUAUGUACACUUCUUACUCAGCAGUUUCCCUUGAUCAGUUUCAAACUUACUGAAAAUGGAUCUUUGGAAGAUUUUAUGGAGCUUGUGGAGCAGCAAAAGAACAGUGUUGUUUCAAAGUGUGUCACAUUUUCUGUUUCAUUGUUAGGGAGAUGUCAUUUAAGAGAUUCUUUGGCUAUGAUGGAUAAUGAUUCACUGGGUGCCACUUCAUUUACUGCUGAAGUUGGACAAGGAUUGAGAGCCGUCGAAUCUGUGACAUCGGAGGAUGCUAUCAAAGUCUUGGUUAGAGCACCAAUGCUGUUGGAUUUGAACUAUUGGUCUCAUUGGGAUAUCUUAUUUGCUCCAGCUCUUGGUCCUCUUCUACCCUGGUUGCAGAAUGAAGUUAAUACAGAAAACUUUAUGUGUAUGGUUACCAAAGAAGGGAAAGUUAUACGAAUAGAUCACACAGCUACUGCUGAUUCAUUCUUGGAAGCUGUACUGCAAGGAUCUCCAUUUCAUACUGCAGUGAAGCUUUUAUCUAUCUUUGCUUUACUUGGUGGAGAAAAAUAUCUUCCCUUAUCCCUACUUAAACACCAUGCCAACCGUGCUUUUGAAGUUAUUAUCAAGAACUCUGUUGAAAACAUAGAAAUGUUUGAAAAUUGGGCUCAGGGGCUUGAAAAGGUGGUCUUUCAUCAGAACCUCAUUGAGCAGCAGGUUGCAGCUGGUAAUUUGAGUUUUGAAUUGAAGAAGAAGAUUGAUAUGAGGAACAAAGCAAUUCGCUUGUUGUCCAGGUUUUUUGUUGAUUGCCUUGGUUAUCUACCAGUAGAGUUUCAUUACUUGGCUGCAAAUAUAUUGCUUUCUGGCAUAAGUUCUGUCGUUAAAGAUGCUGCAUCGGCUAUUUUACUUGAGUGUUGGAAACCAGAGCAGCGUCUAAUGCUUCAUGAAAUAGGCCUCUCUCUUGGUGUGCUGGAGUGGAUCCAGGACUAUCACAUGGUUUCUUCUAGUGCUUCUUCAGACCUGUUCACUGAUGCAUGCUUGAAUGAUAGGUCUGAGAUAAACAGAAAUGGACAUAUAGGUGGUCUUUUGACUAAGCACUCUGCUUCAGAACAAAAUGCCCCUCUCUCUAUUAAAGAGAACACACCUAAUGAAGAAAUGAGCGUUUCUAGCGCAAACUGUACUAGCAAAAUUUUUAAUGAUGCAAAUGGCCUCAGUUCUAUGUCACUUGCUUCAGAACCUGUUGGAAAUGAGGAUGCAGCUCAGAUCAUCCAAUCCAUCAGGCGUGAGGAAUUUGGUCUUGAUCCUGAUCUUCCCAUUUCUGAGUCUGGUAUGUUGCGGAAGCAGCAUGCUCGUUUAGGAAGAGCUCUUCAUUGUCUUUCACAGGAGCUGUAUUCACAGGAUUCACACUUUCUGCUUGAGCUGGUUCAAAAUGCUGACGAUAAUAUCUAUCCACAAAGUGUCGAACCCACUCUAGCGUUCAUUUUUGAGGAGUCAGGGAUUGUUGUUUUAAAUAACGAGGAAGGCUUUUCUGCUAAAAAUAUCAGAGCACUCUGUGAUGUUGGGAAUUCCACAAAGAAAGGAUCAAAUGCUGGAUAUAUAGGAAAGAAAGGCAUUGGCUUCAAAUCAGUUUUUCGGAUCACAGAUGCUCCUGAGAUUCAUUCCAAUGGGUUUCAUGUUAAGUUUGAUAUAAGUGAGGGGCAGAUUGGGUUUGUCUUGCCAACUAUCAUUUCUCCUUGCAAUGUUAACUUGUAUGGUAGGUUGGCUUCCAGUGCGUCUGAUCAGCAGGAUACAAAUAUUUGGAACACUUGUAUUGUGCUACCUUUCAGAUCAAAAUUAUCUGGAGGGGGGAACUUGAUCAAUAAUAUUGUGAAUAUGUUUGCAGACCUUCAUCCGUCUUUGUUACUCUUUCUUCACCGUCUCCAGUGUAUUAAGAUCAGAAACUUGAUCGACAAUUCACUUAUUGUUAUGAGGAAAGAAGUUGUUGGAAAUGGCAUCAUUAGGGUUUCUCAUGGGGAAGAAAAAAUGGCAUGGCUUGUAGUGUCUCAAAAGUUGAAGGCUGAUGCUAUUCGUCAUGAUGUCCAAUCUACUGAGAUCUCAAUUGCAUUUACACUCCAGGAAGAAGAGAAUGGGGUUUACAGUCCAUUUCUGGACCAACAACCAGUUUUUGCAUUCCUUCCUCUAAGAAUGUAUGGCUUGAAGUUUAUAAUUCAAGGUGAUUUUGUUCUACCUUCCUCCCGAGAGGAGGUGGAUGGUGAUAGUCCCUGGAAUCAGUGGUUAUUGUCAGAGUUUCCUAGUUUGUUUGUGAGUGCAGUAAAAUCUUUCUGUUCUCUUCCAUGCUUUGAGAGCUGUCCAGGGAAAGCUAUUGCAACUUUUAUGAGCUAUAUUCCACUAGUUGGAGAAGUACAUGGUUUUUUUUCUAGUCUUCCUCGAUUAAUUAUUUCUAAGUUACGCAUGUCUAACUGCUUACUUUUGGAAGGAAAAGAAACUGAAUGGGUUCCCCCAUACAAGGUUUUGAGAGGUUGGAAUGUUCAAGCUCUUACUCUUCUUCCUGAUAAUUUGCUUCGUGAAUAUCUUGGGCUUGGAUUCCUAGAUAAAGAUAUAAUCUUGCCCGACUCACUAGCAAGAGCAUUGGGUAUUGAAGAGUAUGGGCCUAAAAUUCUUGUGCAGUUUAUGACCUCUCUGUGUCAGAAGCAUAAUAGCCUCAAAUCUAUGGGACUGGCUUGGUUGGGCUCUUGUCUAAAUGUACUUCACAACAUGCUUCUUCAGUCUUCUGGGAAAACGACAUUAGAAUUGGAAAGGAAUGCUGAUCUUAUAAGAUCUCUUCAGAAGGUUCCACUAAUUCCUCUCUCUGAUGGUACCUGUAGCUCCGUAGCUGAAGGUACAAUAUGGUUACAUUCUGAUUCCUCAAAUACCAUAGUUGAUGGAAAGUAUGGACUUGAAGCUUUCCCAAAUUUGAAUGCCAAGAUUCGUGUAGUUUGUCCAGCUUUCCUUUCUCUUUUUUCUGUUGAUAACUCACAAAUGGAUGCACCCUCGGUGGGGAAUAUUAGCAGGAUGCUUCAUAGGAUUGGCGUUCAACGUUUAUCUGCCCAUGAAAUUAUUAAAGUACACGUCAUUCCAGCUAUAUCAAAUGAAUCAAAUCUAAAUGACAAUAAAAUUUUAAUGACAGAGUAUGUUUGUUUUGUAAUGACUCACCUACUAUCCAGUUGUCCUGAAUGUCACAUAGAUAGGGGGUUUAUCGUUUCAGAGUUACGUAACAAGGCCCUGAUUUUAACAAAUCAUGGCUACAAAAGACUUGUUGAGGUACCAGUUCAUUUCAGCAAAGAAUACAGAAAUCCCAUUGAUUUAGACAAGCUCAUUAAUGUGGAAAUGAAUUGGCAUGAGGUUGAUGACACCUAUUUGAAGCACCCAGUUACCCAUUCACUCUCCUGUGGACUCACAAAAUGGAGAAAUUUUUUCCAAGAUAUAGGCAUCACAGAUUUUGUUCAUGUAGUUGAAGUUAACAGGAGCAUUGCCAAUAUGCCUCAUGAUAUUAUGAUGAAUAGAAUGUGGGACCCAGAAAUAAUAUCUUCUGGUUCAGUGGUAAAAGAUUGGGAAUCGCCAGAGUUAACUCAUUUAUUAACCCUGUUAUCCACGCAUGGAAACCAAGAGAGCUGUAAAUACCUUUUGGAGGUUCUUGAUACUUUAUGGGAUGAUCAGUUGAGUGACAAAGUUGUGGGUUACUGUAUUUCUAUAUCUGGUGAUUCUAGCAAACAAUUUCAGUCUGCUUUUAUGAAUAGCAUUUGUGAUGCCCAAUGGGUAGUAUCAAGUAUGGACAACAAGCGUCACUACCCUAAAGAUUUGUAUUAUGACUGUGAUGCAGUGCGGUCAAUCCUAGGAGCCUCUGCUCCUUAUGCUGUUCCAAAGGUUAGAAGUACAAAGUUGGUACGUGAUAUUGGGUUCAAGACUAGAGUUUCGCUUGAUGACACUUUCAAUAUUCUUAAAGUGUGGAGAACUGAGAAACUUUUCAAGACAAGCAUCUCACAAAUGUGCACGUUCUAUACAUUCUUGUGGAAUGAGAUGGCUGCAUCAAAACAGAAAAUUUUGGAGGAAUUACAUUCAGGGCCUUUUAUAUUUGUCCCUAUUGUAGCUGACUCUAGGCAUGAGGAUGUGGUGUCUGGUAUAUUUUUGUCUCCUAAGGAAGUAUAUUGGCACGAUCCCAUUGGCUCUAUUGACAAGGUUAAGGAUAUAUAUCUUCAAUGCAGCUUGACUAAAAUGGUUGAUUGUCCCAUAAUCAAGACUUUGUGCAAUAUUUAUCCAGGGCUUAAGAAAUUUUUUAUUGAUGAAUGUGGAAUACAUGAAUACCCUCCUCUAUGCAGUUAUCUUCAGUUUUUGAAGCAGAUAUCAGCUGUUGCUUUGCCUUCACAAGCUGGUGAUAUAGUAUUCGAAGUCUUUCUAAAAUGGGCUAAUGGACUAAAAUCAGGACUCCUGGGUUCUGAAGAUAUGGCUUACCUGAAGGAAUGUAUAGGAAGCUCUGAGUUCAAGGUCCUUCCCACUGAACAAGAUAAAUGGGUUUCGCUUCAUCCUUCCACUGGCAUUGUGUGCUUUUGUGAUGACAAGGAAUUAAGACAGCAAUGUAAGAAUAUGGGCAAAAUAGAUUUUAUAUAUGUCGGUGAGAUUGGCAAUGACAAAACAGAGGUUUUCCAGGCACAUUUCUCUCGCCUCUUGAAAGCUCUAGGGGUUCCUCUUCUUUCUGAGAUUGUAAGUCGUGAAGCGAAAUAUAAUGGUCUGAGGGACCCUAGCUUCAAAACUUCAUUAAUGAACUGGGCUCUUCCUUUUGCUCAGCGCUACAUGUAUAGUGUGCACCCUAACAGAUACACCGAGCUUAAACAAUCUGAAUUUGACAUCCUGAGUCGUCUGCAAGUAAUUGUUGUUGAAAAGCUGUUUUUCAGGAAUGUUAUAAAGAGUUUCGGGUGUGCUUCUGAUGACCAGGUUCCAUGUAGCUGUCUUCUGCAGGAUAAUAUUUUAUACACAACCCAAGACUCGGAUUCUCAUUCCUUGUUUAUGGAGUUUUCUCGUUUACUCUUCCAUGGAACUCCUGAGCUUCAUUUGGCCAACUUCCUUCACAUGAUCACCACCAUGGCUGAAUCGGGUUCCACGGAAGAGCAAACAGAGUUUUUUAUCCUGAAUACGCAGAAGGUGACGAAACUUCCUGAAGAGGAACCAAUUUGGUCUGUUUCAUCUGUCACCUCAUUGGUUGAGACCCACAACUUACUUCAGACAUGUCUUAGUCCUACCUUACCAAACGAUCAAGGGUCAUCUUCCAAAGCUAAAAACAAAGGAGGAAAUUGGCCACCUGUUGACUGGAAAACGGCUCCAGGUUUUAGUUAUGCUCGUGAAAAUGGUUUCAAAACACAACCAGCAACCUCACUGACUAAGUGCAACCCAUAUGUGGAAAACGUGUUUGAAGGCAUCGACAAGCAAAUGGAGAACUUGGCUUCAAUUUCAACAGAUGCAGACUGGACCUACGAGGGCGAUUCAUCCGCAGUGUCGGUAGCAUCAGUUGUUGACAGCAUUGGAGAACUUAUCAGCCAUGGUGAUGUAGAUCCUGAGGCAAUUGGUUCUCAAUCCGAUUCACGUGGUCUUUUCUGGAAAAAUCAGCUUAGAACCGGCAUCCCCAAUCCAGUACAGGCAAUGGUGACCGGGAGACUCGGCGAGCAUGCGGCCUUCAAAUACUUCACUGAAAAGUUCAGUGAUGCAGUAGUUAGGUGGGUUAACAAGGACACAGAAACUGGAUUCCCCUUUGAUAUAAUUAUAGGAGAUGACGAGGACAAUAGGCAGUAUAUUGAAGUGAAAUCAACCAGAUCUGCAAGGAAAGAUUGGUUUGACAUAUCAGUCAGAGAAUGGCAAUUUGCCGUUGAAAAGGGCGAAUCGUUCAGCAUUGCACACGUUUUAUUGUUAGCUAAUAAUGUCGCCCGGGUUUCGGUUUUUCAGAACCCAGUUAAAGCAUGCCAGUCAAGCAAGCUCCAACUCGCUCUUUUAAUGCCCAAACAGCAAAGGGAAUACUCGAAUGUCUCCUCCUGAAAUGGCAUUCUUCUUCUUUCCAUCCUUUCUGGGGAUUUAGUUUUGCUUUGCAGGGAAAUGCAGCAAACAAGUAAUGCCAGUUCGUCAGUUCGAUUUUUCGAUCUUGUUGUCGAGAUUCAAGGAGAACAUCUCGGUGAACUCAUUUGUAUACAUGCUUUUCUCAGUAGUUGCAAUUCAUAGUUACAUGGAGGCUUCGUCUAUUUAUUUGAUUAUAUACUCCCAAGUCUCAUCUGUGAGCACCAGCAGCGGGCUAUUUUUUAAUUUUUGCCCAUCCUCACUUGUCUACAUGUAAAUAAAUUUUGAGGGUAAUGAAGGGACAAUAUUCUUUUUAAAUGAAUACAAUUAAGAUUUUGUUCCACAAAAAAGAAGAAGAAAACCUUGUCAGCGUGUAAA